CAUUCAAAUCACGGAACAUGCAAAUUCAAAUAUAAUGGACAACCGACUAAAAUUAGUACAGUCGAGUAGCUAGACCCCAUCUACUGGACAUUACCAAAGACCUGGAACCAUACUGAAAGGACAAGUAUCGAGUGCUAAGAAAUCAAUUGGUUUACGCUAGCUUGUGAAAAAGAUAUUGGAUAUUGAAGGUCUGUCACACGUCCGAAUCUGCUCACAUACUGCUCUUCACUCCUUAGCACACAAGAUACAUUCAGACCAAACGAAGCACUAAAAGUCGUCACAGGUCAUCAUCGCAAUUAAUUUUCAGAGUGGUUCCGUCAAAUGAAACGUCUUGGAAAAAACAAAAAGAGGCGGUGGCAGUACUGCUACAAAGAUGUCGAGUCGAAACUUCAAGACGCUCUUCAUCACAAAAGAAUAAUCGAUCAGGAGUUCGCAGAAGUGUCAACACUAAGCAAGAAAAACUGCUUUGUAAAAGGAGACAAGAAUUCCGCGAAACUCUUCCACGAAAUCCCCAGUGCGCGCGAUGGGAGGUUUCAUACUUCACGACCUGUACUUGAAAAGAAAAGGGCUGUAGGAGUCGAUAUCUGGGAAGAUGCACCGGCUUUAAUAAUGUCUCCUGAAAAAGGAUGUAUUCAAAAAGGCAUAGCUGAUAAGUACUUAUGGAAUCCUUCAUUACCUAGUGCAGGCCAAUCAUACAAUCCGACUUUGCAAGACCAUUUAUCCCUUAUUUCACGACUAAAAACUAUUGAGUCUGCGAAACAAAAACGCGAACUGAAAACAGAGCGGUAUAUUAACAGUCUUAAAGGUGCUAAAUUGACACCAAACCCCCUAAAAGAAAUGAAAGUGUUUUUGAAUACAUUGAAUACAGAGUAUCAUGUUGCGAAAAAUGAUGAAGACAUUGACAUCGUUUCUAUACCUCGAAGAAAGCUUAAGAAAAAAGAUCCUCAUAAAAAAAUGAAGAACGAUCUUGAGAAUUUACCUAAGUUACUAAAGGAAAUCAAGCGUGAAAAGAAAGCCAAGGAAAAGCGAAAGUCAGCAAUCAAAGCUAAAAACGAGAUCCGCAGUAAACUGAAGAAAGUUGAUCUGAAUAUCCCAUUCCAAUUGCCCAGUGAGAUAUCAUCCUCAUUAAGAAAGUUGUGUCCGGAGGGCUAUUUAUUUCAUGAGAUUGAACGUCGGCGAGACAAAUGCCCACGUGCUCGCAAAACGUUGGGUACCAAAAGUAAAACCACACCCUUUGAACGCAAUCGCUAGAUUAAUUACAAAGUCAAAUUUGUUUUUAGAUUGCCUGUAAAUAUAUGUGUGAAUAUUGUUUCAUCAACAAAAA